AUGAUGGACCGCGACCGCAACAAGACGGUGCUGCUGGCGCUGCAGAGGGCCGCCGGGACCGGGAACGGCCGCUGCGCCGACUGCGGGGAGCCAGAUCCAGAGUGGGCUUCUUACAAACUUGGAAUAUUCAUCUGUUUGAAUUGUUCUGGAAUCCAUCGCAAUCUUCCUCAAAUCAGCAGGGUCAAAUCCCUUCGGCUUGACUUCUGGGAGAACGAUCUUAUAGAGUUUAUGAAGAAGCACGGGAAUCUCUGUGCCAAAGCUAAAUAUGAGGCGAAAGUCCCUCCGUACUAUUACAUCCCCCAGUCCUGUGAUUGCUUGGUUUUAAGAGAGCAAUGGAUUAGAGCUAAAUAUGAGCGUGAGGAAUUUGUUGCCACCCGAGUCUGCCAAGAUCCUUGUUCUGCAGGUAGCCGUGAAGGAUUCCUUUGGAAGCGAGGACGGGAAAGCAGACAGUUCCAGAAGAGGCGAUUUCUCCUGUCAGCAAAGGAAGGGGUGAUGAAGUACUACACCAAAGAAUCCAGAGGUCCAAAAGCCAUUAUCAGCAUUGAGAAUCUGAAUGCAAUGUUCCAGACAGAGAAAAUCCAACAUGCUCAUGGGCUGCAGAUCACAUACAACACAGAUGGUCAAACAAGGAACCUUUUUGUCUAUCAUGAAAAUGGAAAGGAGAUUGUUGACUGGUUCAAUGCCAUCCGGGCAGCACGUUACCAUUAUCUCAGAACAACCUUCCCUACUGUCCCUGAGCCCGAGCUCAUACCCAGGGUCACAAGAAAUUAUGUCAAAGAAGGAUAUAUGGAGAAAACAGGACCAAAACAGAAGGAGGCCUUUAAGGUGCGCUGGUUCUGCCUGGAUUCUCAAGAAAGGAACCUGAUGUACUUUAAAAAUCCACUGGAUGCAUUUGCACAGGGCCAGGUUUUUAUUGGAAGGAUGGAUGAGGGAUAUGAAGUACGAGCUGGCUUGCCCCAGCAAGUCCGGGCGAAGAAGAGGAAACCAGCGAUCACUGUGGUCACGCCAAUGAGAGAGUUUGUGUUUAUGUGUGAGAACGAUAGGGAGCAGAGGGAGUGGAUAGAUGCCUUAAAUGGAGUCAUUGCCCAGCCUUUGACUGGUGAAGACUAGCGCUAAGUUCUGGUGAACUGCACUUCUUGGACUCCAUUCAGCACUGCUCUGUGGCCUCUUUCUGUUGGCAAGGAUGGUGCUCAAGGCCCUGCAGUGACUCGAGUACAAAGGGCUUCUUCCUUCAACAGCCACAGGCACAGGAAGGGUGGCAAUAGAGA